UCGCGCCUUGAAGCCAGGGUCGUGAGUGGGCAAGGUUAGGCUGCAGACCCUGCGAGAGGAGCUGGAGCUGCGGGUCCCGGGGUAGAGGUCCCGGAGGGGGAGGGGCAGUCAGGCCCGGCAGCAGGAGGACAAAAUGGCGGCGGCUAAUGGCAGCUUCUCCUCCCCCCCGGCCCGGCCUGGGGGAGCCGCGCUUCAUCUCCGUGGGCUACGUGGACGACACGCAGUUCGUGCGCUUCGACAGCGACGCCGCGAGACCUAGGAUGGAGCCACGGGCGCGGUGGAUACGACAGGUGGACCCGGGGAACUGGGACCGGAACAGGCGGAACGCCGAGGACACCGCGCAGACUCACCGCGUGAACCUGAACACCCUGCGCGACUACUACAACCAGAGCGCGGCCGAGAUCUCACUGACCUGGCAGCGGGAUGGGGAGGACCAGACCCAGGACACGGAGCUCGUGGAGACCAGGCCUGGGGGCGACGGAACCUUCCAGAAGUGAGUGGCUGUGGUGGUGCCUUCUGGGGAGGAGCAGAGAUACACGUGCCGUGUGCAGCACGAGGGGCUGCCUGAGCCCCUCACCCUGAGAUGGGAGCCUCCUGCUCAGCCCACCAUCCCCACAGCGGGAAUUGUUGCUGGAUUGGUGGUGCUUGGAGCUGUGGUCAUAUGAGCUCUGGUCACUUUGUGAUGAGGAGGACGAGGCAGAGCUCAGGUAGGGAAGAGGAGGGUGGAGUCUGAGUCUCCUGUCCCUCUGGGGAAUUGCAAGCCCCAGGAGAAGUGCAACUGCCCCAUUCCUGGGAAGCCCCUUUCGCACACAGGAUCUCCCCAGUCUGUGCCUGCGUGCUAACGCUUGCUCUGUUGUAAAGCACAUGGAAGAUAAAGGGCAGAUCCAGUACCUGGAUGGGGACUUGAAUCCCACAGUCAGGGUACUGUGGCAGGGAGCAGGGAUCCCGGAUCCCUCCGAGAAAGGCCUGGGAAAGCAGUGGAAGAUGGCUCAAGUGCUUGGGUCCCUGCACCCACGUGGGAGACCCAGAAGAAGCUCCUGGCUCCUGGCUUCAGAUCAGCUCAGCUCUGGCUGUUGUGCCAUUUGGAGAGUGAACGAGCGAUGGAAGACCUCUCUCCCUCUGGCUCUAUCUCUACCUGUAACUGUCUUUCAAAUAAAUAAAAUACAUUAAAAAAAAAAAGAAAAAGGAAUUGUGUCAACAGACACCAUGGAAAUAAAAAUAAUCAUCAGAAAUUACUACAAAGAGCUGAAUGCCAACAAACUGAGAAACCUAGAAGAAAUGGAUAGAUUCCUGGACAUGUACAACCUACCUAAAUUGAGCCAUGAAGACAUAGAAAACCUAAACAGACCUAUAACCGAUUUGGAAAUGGAAUCAGUAAUGAAGACUCUCCCAGUAAAGAAAGGCCCAGGACCAGAUGUCUUCACUGCUGAAUUCUACCAGACAUUCAAAGAAGAACUACCUGCAGCUCUUCUCAAGCUAUUCAAAAAAAAACUAAAAAGGAGGGGAUCCCCUUCAACUCCUUCUGUGAAGCCAGCAUCACCUUAACUCCUAAAUUAAGAUAACAACAGAGAAAGAUAAAACAGAGAAAGAGUACUACAAACCAAUUUCACUGAUGAACAUAGAUGUAAAAAUCAUCAACAAAAUACUUGCCAAUCAAAUUCAAUAACACAUCAGAAAGAUCACUCACCAGGACCAAUUGGGAUUUAUCCCAGCUAUGCAGGGAUGGUUCAACAUUCACAAAUCAAUCAAUGUGAUACACCACAUUAACAAAUUAAGAACAAAAACCAUAUGAUUUUCUUAAUAUAUGAAGAGAAAGUAUUUUAUAAAAUACAAUACUCUGGGCCCAGCGCCAUGGCUCACUUGGCUAAUCCUCCACCUGCGGUGCUGGCAUCCCAUACGGGCACCGGGUUCUAGUCCCGUUUCUCCUCUUCCAGUCCAGCUCUCUGCUGUGACCCGCGAGGGCAGUGGAUGAUGGCCCAAGUGCUUGGGCCCCUGCACCCACGUGAGAGACCAGGAAGAAGCGCCUGGCUCCUGGCCUCGGAUCGGCGCAGUGCCGGCCGUAGUGGCCAUUUUGGGGGUGAACCAACAGAAGGAAGACCUUUCUCUCUCUCUCACUGUCUGUAACUCUACCUGUCAAAUAAAUAAAUAAAAUAAAUAAAAUCUUUAAAAAAAAUACAACACUCUUUCAUGAUGAAAACUUUAAGCAAAUUGGGUAUAGAAGGAACAUUCUUCAACACAAUCAAGGCAAUUUAUGACAAAACCAUAGCUAGUGUCCUACUGAAUGGGGGAAAAGUUGGAAGCAUUCCCACUGAGAUCUGGAACCAGAGAAGGAUGCCCACUCUCACCAUUGUUAUUCAAUACAGUCCUGGAAGUUUUAUCCAGAGUCAUUAGACAAGAAAAGGAAAUCAAAGGGAUACAAAUUGGGAAGGAGGAAGUCAAACUAUCCCUAUUUGUAGGUGAUAUGAUCCUGUGCAUUGGGGAUCCAAAUGACUCCACUAAGAGACUAUUGGAACUCACAGAAAAGUUUGGUAAAGUGGCAGGAUAUAAAAUCAACACACAGAAAUCAAUAUCUUUUAUAUACACAGACAAUGCCAUGGUUGUGAAAGAACUUCUGAGAUCAAUCUUAUUCAUAAUAGUUGCAAAACAUCAAAUACCUUGGAAUAAAUUUAACCAAGGGUGUCAAAGAUCUUUUUGAUGAUAAUUACAAAACAUUAAAGAAAGAAAUAGAAGAAGACACACAAAAAAAUGGAAAAAUCUUCCAUGUUUGUGGAUUGGAAGAAUCAAUACCACCAAAAUGUCCACAUUACUUAGAGCAAUUUACAGAUUCAAUGCAAUACCAAUCAAAAUACUAAGGACAUUCUUCUCAGAUCUAGAAAAAAUGAUUCUGAAAUUCAUAUGGAAAUACAGGAGAUCCUGAAUAGCUAAAGCAAUUUUGUACAACAAAAACAAAGCUGGAGGUAUUACAAUACCAGAUUUCAAGACAUACUACAGGGCAAUUUAAUCAAAACAACCUGAUACUGGUACAAAAAUAGAUGGGUAGGCCAGUGGAACAGAAUAGAAACCCCAGAAAUCAACCCAUGGAUCUACAACCAACUUAUCUUUGACAAAGGAGCUAAAAUCAAUCCCUGGAGCAGAGAAAGGACAGUCUCUUCAACAAAUGGUGCUGGGAAAACUGGAUCUCCACAUGCAAAAGUAUGAAGCAAGACCCCCUACUUUACACUUUAUACAAAAAUCCUCUCAAAAUGGAUUAAAGACCUAAAUCUAUGACCCAAUACCAUUAAAUUAUUAGAGAACAUUGGAGAAAUCAUGCAAAACAUUGGCAUAGGCAAAAAGUUCUUGGAAAAUAUCCCAGAGGCACAGGCAAUCAAAGUCAAUAUUGACAAAUGGGAUUACAUCAAAUGAGAAGCUUCUGCACUGCAAAAGAAACACUCAGCAAAGAGGCAACUGACAGAAUAGGAGAAAUUAUUUGCAAACUAUGCAACUGAUAAAGGAUUAAUAGCAAGAGUAUAUGAAGAGAUCAAGAAACUCAACAACAGGGACUGGUGGAGUGGCGCAGUGGGUUAAGGCCCUGGCCUGAGGUGCCGGCAUCCCAUAUGGGUGCUGGUUCAAGACCUGGUUGCUCCACUUCCAAUCCAGCUCUCUGCUAUGGCCUGGGAAAGCAGUAGAAGAAGGCCCAAGUCUUUGGGACCCUGCACCCAUGUGGGAGACCUGGAAAAAGAUCCUGGCUCCUGGCUUCAGAUUGGCGCAGCUUCAGCCAUUGCCGCCAACUGGGGAGUGAACCAUUGGAUGGAAGACUUCUCUCUCUCUCUCUCUCUCUCUCUCUCUGUAACUUUGACUUUCAAAUAAAUCUUUAAAAAAAAAAAACUCAACAACGAAACAAAGAACUCAGUUAAGAAAUGGGCAAAGGACUUAAACGGGCAUUUUUCAAAAGAGGAAAUCCAGAUGGCCAACAGACACAUGAAAAAGUGCUGAGAACCGCUAGCCAUCAGGGAAAUGUAAAUCGAAACCCCAGUGAGGUGUCGCUCCCCGUCUUCGUGGGGGAGCAACACUGAACCCUGCGCUGUUCUUUUGUCUGCUCGGCCCUCCCCGGGUUUGCUGCUGGUUCUUCCCGGGUUGGCUACCGACCCUUCCACCUCCGUGGAAGGGUGGUUCCCCCUGCCACAUUCCCCACUUCCGCGGGGGAGCGGCACACCGCCGGCCGGCUCUCUCGGGGGCUGCACAGGUGUUCCCUCAGAUGUUCCCCAUAGAUGUUCCCUGGUACAUGUUGUCUCUCUCCUCCUUUAUAGUCCUCCUCCGCCAAUCCCAACUCUGCUACCCACACGCCGAGUACGCUGCUCUCCUCCAAUCAGGAGCAGGUCCUACAGUUUAUUGGUUGAACUGGAGGCAGCUGUGUAGAAGCUGUUUCCCUUCUCAGCGCCAUAUUGUGGGAGAGCAGAUGCAUAGAAUAAGUCUUAAUUCCAGUAACUUAGUCUAGUCCGAGUUGCUCCCAGUUGCUCCCCACAGUGAGGUUUCACUUCAUCCCCAUUAGAAUGAUUUUCGUACAGAAGUCAACAAACAACAAAUGCUGGCGAGGAUGUUGGGAUAAAGGUACCCUAAUCCUCUGAUGUUUGGAAUGCAAACUGGUAAAGCCUCUGUGGAAGACAGUAUGGAGAUACCUCAGAAAUUUGAAUCUGGUCCUACCAUCUGAUCUAGCCAUCCCACUCCUGGGAAUUUACUCAAGGGAAAUGAAAUCAGCGAAUGAAAGAGUUAUCUGUACCCCCAUGUUUAUUGCAGCUCAAUUCACAAUAGCUAAGGUAUGAAAUCAACCCAAAUGCCCUUCAACUGAAAACUGGAUAAAGAAAUUAUGGGAUAUGUACACCAUGGAAUUCUGCAUGGUGGUAAAAAAAAUGAAAUCCUGUUGUUUAAAAAAAAUGGCUAAAACUAGAAAACAUUAUAGUUAGUGAAAUAAGCAAGUCCCAAAGGGGCAAAUAUCAUAUGUUCUCCCUGACCUUUGAUAACUAAUAGAGCACCUAAAUGAUAAAAUAUAGAAAUGAAAAUGACACUUUGAAAUGCAAUGUCUUUAAAUAACCCUUGUCUCAACUGUUGAGGAACAGUUCUUUUUCAUAAUAUUUGUGAACUCCUUACUUAAUAUAGAGUUAAUUGUAUGUGUUAUAAAGUUAAUUGAAAGUAGAUCUUAGUAAAAAAAUAAUAAGGGGAUUAGGAGUGGGAGGAGGAAGAGGGGUGAGAGUGUGGGUGGGAGGGUGGUAUGUGGGAAGAAUUACUAUGUUCCUAAAGUUGCAUUUAUGAAAUGCAUGAAGUUCGUAUCCUUAAAUAAGAGCUUUCCUGGGGAAAAAGAUAACAUUAAUAUCAAUUGGUCUAAACCAUUCAAAAAAACUUAUUCUAUAAGACAAGCACAACCUUGAUUCCAAAACCAAACAAGGACAAGACCAAAAAAGAAAACUGUAGAUCAAUAUCCCUGAUGAAUAAUUCCUUAUUAGAAUUACAAAUAAAAUAUUCAGUAAUCAAAUCCACUAGCACAUCAAAAUGAUCAUUCAAACGAUCAGGAAACAUUUAUCCUAGGGAUGCAGGGAUUGUUCAACACAUGCAAACAGAUAAGUGUAAACAUCACAUCAAUGGCACGAAGGAUGAGGAUCAUCUGAUCAUCUCAAUAGGUGCAGAAAAUGAACUCAAUAAAAAAUUCAACUUCUCUUCAUGACAAAAAUCCCUGAAGAGAUUAGGUGUAUAAAGAGCAAACCUCAAUACAGUCAAGGCUCCUAGACAGGCAAAUAGCUAACAUCAUGUUGAAAGUGGAAAAACUGAAGACGUUUCCUCUCAGAUUUGGAACCAGACAAGGAUAUUUACUCUCAUUUUUAUUCAAUAUAAUCCUGAAGUUUUUAGGCAGAGCAGUUGGGCAAGAGAAAGAAAUAAAAUUACGAAUAGGAAAAAAGGAAGUAAAAUUAUUGCUGUUUACAGAUGACAUGAGUGUACAUAUAACAAUCCUAAAUACUUUACCAGAAAAUGAAUAGAAAUGAAAACGAAGUUUAGCAGUUCAGCAAAAUUGCAGGAUACAAACUAACAUGCAAUAGCAUAGCAUUUUUAUACACCAAUAGUGAACUCAUUACUGAAAUAAGAGCAAACUCAUUCACAAUAGCUACCAAAAGCAAACUUAAAACAAAUUUAUCCAAUGAUAUGAAAGACCACUACAAUGAAAAUUACAAAAACAUCAAUAAACAAAAUCGUAGAAAAUACAGAAACUAGAAAGACAUGUAGUGUUUAUAGAUAGGAAGAAUGGAAAUUUAUAAAACAUGAUUUAUAGAUUCAUUGCAACCCUCACCAAAAUAUCAAUGUCAUUCUUCACAAAACUAGGAAAAAAUCCUAAAAUUCAUAUGGAAGCAUAAAACUUGCAGAAAAUUAAAAAAAGGCUGGAAAUAUUCCAAUUCCUGAUUGCAAUACAUACUGUAGAGCUCGGUAAGCAAAACAGCGUGGUACUAGUGCCUAGACAGACAUAAAGACCAGAUAUCAAAGAGCAGAGAUCUCAGAGAUGAAUCCACAUGCCUACGGCCAACUGAUUCUUGACAAAGAUGCCAACAGCAUACACUGGGGAAGGGAUAACUCCGAUAAAUUCUUCCAUAUGCAAAAGAUCAAACAAGAUCGUUACCUCUCAUGCUAUAGCCAAAUCAACUCAAAUGGAUAAAAGACUUAAAGAUAAGAACUGAAAUAAUAGAACUACUCUAAUCAACAUAGAGAAAACAUUUGAAGACAUCAGUGUAGGCAAAAUUUUUUUAGAGAAAUGGGAUUAUAUCAAACUAAGAAGUGGCUGCUGCAGGCUUGACCUGCGAGGCCCGCGCACUGUAGGAUGGUGGGGCGACAGUGUUCCUCGACAAGAAGCACCGGAGACAAGUUUCAGUGAACAUGUCCUUUUAUUAACAAUCAAGCACACCUUUUAAAGGGCAGGCAGUGGGGGGUGUAGCUGAUUCAGGGCAACACUAAUUCUGUAGGAGAGAGCAGAUAUUGGCACCGCUAUGCUCCAAUCAGCUUGAAGCUCAUUUAGCUAGGUAGCCUUCCUGGUGGGUCUGGGCUACACCCAGGAGCAGUUUACCUGAUUGGCGGGGGUGGGGGAAGUGUGCCUGGGGCUCCUGCUGUCUGCCAGCAGUCAGGUUAACCCCCUGCAUGGACAGUCUCCUAGCCAGGUACAGGAUCACCCACAGUCUGCACAGCAGAGGAAACAACAGAGUGGAGACAACUGACAGAUGGGAGAAAAGAUUUGCAAACUAUUUGACAAAGGAUUAAUAUCCAGAAUACAUAAGGAACUCAAAAAACCCAACAAAGAACAAGCAAUCAGUUCCAAGAUGGUCAGUACAUUUGAGUAGACAUUUCCCAGGAAACACAAAUAAAUAGCCAACAAACAUGAAAACAUGCUCAAUAACACUAACUGUCCUAAAAAUUCAAAUCAAAACCACUAUGAGACAGUAAUCCACUCCAGUUAGAAUGGCUAUUAUCGAAAAGACAAAAAAUAAUAAACGCUGGUGUGGAUGUGGAGAGAAUACCUGUCGGCCAGAGUGUACUUAGUGCAGCACCUGGGGAGCAGCAUCGAAGCUCAUCAAAAAACUAGAGAGAUCGACCAAGAAAGUGCCCCACUUCUGGGUAUAUAUUCGUGAGAAAUGAAAUCAGCACACACAUUCUUAUGUUCAUUGCUGUACUGGUCACAGUAGCCAAGAUAUGGAAUUAACCUGCAUGUCUACUGCUGGACGACUGGACAGAGAAAACAUUUCAGCCAUGAAGAAGAAGGCAGUAGCAAACUGAUGGAACUGGAGAUCAUUAUAUUAAGUGCAGUAAGCAAGUACCACAUGACCCCUCUCGUAGGUGGAAGUUCACUGUAAGUCAAUGUGAAUUUAGGAUAGUGGUUACCUGAGACUGGGGAGGGGAGGAAGAAGGAUAGGGAGGGAGGUUGGGUAACAGUACCAAAAUUCAGAUAGAAGUACUAAAUUCUAGUGUUCCUCAGCAGAGUGGGGCCCCAGUGGUCAAAAUGGUUGCAUUUAAGCCACAUAAUGAACAGGAAAGAAGAAGCCGAUGGGCCCCAAACAUAAAGAAAAGAUAGGGAAAUGGAACUGCUAGUCAUCUCACUUCAUGAUUUUACACUGUAUGUGUUUGCAAAUACUGUACUCUAUGCCGUUCAGCAUACAACUACUACGUGUUAAUAAACUUAAAAACUAGUAAAAGCAGUAAGUGUUGCUGAUUAAUUUUCCAGAAACAUAUCCAUGUGAAAUACAACUGUAUAUAACUGUAUAUAACUAGCAUGGAAAAAAGCUAGACCUAGUCAUGUACUCUCAAGAUGUGAUCUUCAGUCACCUGUUCACUCAGCCAAACCCGAGUGCCUUCCAAGUCCCAGAUAAAGUUCUUGGCUCUGAUCAUUGCUCCGUAAUUCAAAUUCAUUAGCUUUCUUUACCUCUUACUGCCCAAUACCUGAAAACUCUUUCAACCUUUGGAGAAUUUCACAUUUAA